CAAUCAGAUCAAUUUUAAUACUUGAUUAACUGGUAUUCACCUUCUCAAAAUCGCACAAACCAUGAUAAAAUUCUAAUAUAUAUAUCUACACACCGGGUCCCACAUGGAGUCAGUCAUCUCAUCAGACAACUAAUCAAUCCCUGGGUAUAAAGUAAUCAGGAUGCAAAGUUUUAGAAAUGGUGUAACUGUGGCGCUGCUAUUGUUCCUUCUUCUUCUCGGAUGGACGCUACCAUUUGGAAAAGUUGAGGGCAGGAACAUCUUGUCUGUCGAGUUUGUCGGAGGCAAAAGUCACGUAAUUACGUAUCUCCCCCUCCUGGAGGAAUUGGCGAGAAGGGGUGAUAAUGUCACCUUAAUCUCCCCAUCCCAAGGGCUCACGAAGGAGGCCAACAUCCACCAAAUUUUUAGCCUCGAUGGGGACGCGAUCCUUAAGGAAAAUCCUGUCGACCCCUUCGCCAUGCUGGAGCGGAACGAGGCCAUCAACUUGGUCUCCAUAUUGGCGCGAAGUGUUCCGAAACGUUGCCGGGAAAUGUAUGACCGCCCCGAAAUCGAGGCCUUGUAUGAGCAAGACUUUGACCUCGUCCUUCUUCAAUACGUCUACAAUGAGUGUGCCCUUGGCUUCGUGGACAAAAUUUUGACUAAAAAUGGGACAAAAUCGACCGCGCCCCCACUCAUCGUCUUCUCCGUGCUUAAUGCGGAUUACAGAAUUUUGAAUUAUGUCGGGGGAAACCACCCCAGCUCAUUCGUGUCGAAUCCCUACCUCGAUUUCAACGAUAAGAUGACCUUCUCGCAAAGGUUGGUGAAUUUUGGGGCGAAUCAUCUACACGAAGCGGUUCGCAGGUUUUACUACCUUCCCGCGAUGGAGGCCGUGUACAAGGAUAAGCUUGGGCGGGAUGCCCCCUCCGUGGCGGAAGUGCUAAGCAAGACGGCCCUGGUUUUGUCAAACGGCCACUUUUCCACGAGUCCACCGAGACCGAACCUCCCAAAUGUGGUGGAAGUUGGGGGAAUGCAUUCGCGAAAGGCGAAACGAUUGCCGAAGGAAAUUGAAAACUUCCUCUCCUCCGGAAACCGUACCGACGACGAUGGUUUCAUCCUCUUUUCACUCGGGACAAAUCUGCUCUCAAGCGCGAUGUCUGUUCAAAAGAAAGCCAUGUUGCUCAACGUAUUUUCCCGUUUGAAGCAAAAAGUGAUUUGGAAGUAUGAAUCCGACGAUAUAGAAAACGUGCCGAAAAACGUUUAUCUCAGCAAAUGGAUUCCCCAACAGGACCUCCUCGGACAUCCGAAAAUUCGUCUUUUUAUCACGCAUUGUGGCGCGGGAGGGAUUGAGGAGGCCAUCUUCCACGGGGUGCCGCUUAUCGGAAUUCCCUUCUUUGGAGACCAACCCCUCAACGCGUUGACCGCCGAGAGGCAGGGUUUCCUCGUCCGACUAGAGUGGAAGGACGUAACGGAAGAAAGGCUUAUCGAGGCGAUAAAUGAAGUCAUCAAUAAUUCAAAGUAUCGUGACAAUGUGAAACGCUUAUCCACCAUUUUCCGUGACCAGAUCGAUAAUCCGCUGGACAGGGCGCUUUUCUGGGUGGAGUAUGUCAUGCGGCAUAAUGGCGCUCCUCACCUUCGGUCAGCGGCACGAAAUCUGUCGCUAAUUCAAUACCACUCACUCGAUGUGAUAGCCGCGUAUGCGGUCAUUAUAUUCGCCUUGUUUUUCCUGCUUUUUGUCAUUGCUAAACAUAGUAUCAGUUUCGUCACAUAUUGGACACAAAGAUGUCCAAAAAUGUACAAAUAUAAAAGCACGUAAUUGUAGAACGUCUUAUUAAAAUAGUAUCUCAACUCAUUUGCUUAUCACACUUGAGAAUGUCGGAUGUCAGACGUGUGAGAGUUUGAUUUCGCAGAUUUAGAAAAUCACUACAAUACCAUAAUUGUACAUAUUUUAAUUAAUUUCUAUGGACUGUCUGUAUACAAUUUCAAUAGCAUUUCUAAAGAGAGGAUGAACCUACGAAAUAAUUUUUACAAAAUAAAAACAUGCCAAAUUGA